GGCGCAACACUUGGAAAAUUCAGUCCGUCAGUCUGUGUUGUUUUUUGUUUUUUCUGUUUGGCCUACGCCCUGUGGGUUGAAAUGUUGUUGUUAGUUGUUUAGACGCAAUUCGAGCACAACACUGGGGAACUCAGUCCACCAGUCUGUGUUGUAUUUUGAUAGUCGCCCUGUGGGUUGGAACAUUGUCGGGAGUUGCCUUGACGCAAUUCGAGUGUUCUCCCAUUCAUCGCGGCUGAUGUUUCAAAAGAUUUCUUGUCUGGACUGACAACACCAAAUGUGUGCUGUCGAUUUCUCUGCGAUAUACUUGCCUGUGUGUCUUUAACAAAAUUAUGAAAUGUGUUGCGGCCGGACAGAAGCCGGGCAAUGGAGCGACGCAUUUGAUGAAAGUUUAAUGACAGGAGACAUGGCGUGACACACUGCUAUGACUGUGAAGAACUAUAUCUAAUAUAUAUUUUAUGGUUACAAAGUGAAUUACUCUGUGAGUAUAACAAUUAUUUUCUAUCGUUAUCUCUUCAUUCCAAAAAGUUUAUAACAAAAAAAACUAACAAAAAUUAUUUCAUGUACUACAAGACACACCCUUGCCCUGUGGGCUACAUUUUGAAAUUUUGUAUGAAUACAAUUUUUCUUAAUUUAAGAAUGUUAGCUUUAUCAAAUUUCAUCGAUGGCGUCCCAUUGGUAAAUUAUUUUUCAUGGUCCUAUCAAGCGAGCCGGAUAUCUAUCAUCAAAACAAUCUGACUGAAACUUUAGAUGUGUAUCGUUCUUAUUUAAAAUGACACCAAUCAUCUCCGAAUAAUGGACGGAUACAGUUUUAUGUAAUGACAUAACCUUCCCGUUUCAUAUCUGCUACUCGGUUCAAUGCCAUUCCUCAUGAUGGGUUAUUCCACGCCAUGGGUUACUCUCAAUAAUGGGUUACUCCACAUCAUGGGUUGUGCCACAUCAUGGGUUGUGCCACAUCAUGGGUUACACCUCAUCAUGGGCUACCCCACAUCAUGGUUUACUCCACAUUAUGGGUUACUCCACAUCAUGGGUUACUCCACAUCAAGGGUUACUCCACAUCAUGGGUUGCUCCGCAUCAUGGGUUAAUCCACGCCAUGGGAUAUCCCCUGUCAUGGGCUACUCCACAUCAUGGGUUACUACAUAUCAUGGGUUACUCCACAUCAUUGAGUACUUCAUAUCAUGGGUUACUCAUCAUAAUGGGUUACGCCUCAUCAUGGGGCCGUGGCCAACAAAAAGACGUGGCCAACAAAAAGACGUGGAAUGAAAUGGUAAGAGUAUUUUGGGAACAUGGCGGUGGACAGACAACGUGCCCGACCUAUACCAAGCUAGGAGUGACCACGCCAGGAGCGACGUGGUCUAAAUUCUGUUAGCAAUGCAUCCAUUUUGAAAUCUAAUGAUAAACCAUUUCUAAAAAUUUAUAAAAUAUAAAAUACCCGCUAUGAUAUUAAACAUUGUUACAAUUUGUGAUUUCAGGAACUGAUCCCGAUACAUAAAAAAGUAAGGAAGGUCUAAAACAAAUAACCAAGAAUAUCAUCAGCUGUCUUCAUGAAUUUAUCUUUGCACUGACCAGGAGUUGUUCAAAGAAUGUCAGCCUUGCCAGAAAUAUCCAUCCGAUUUUGUCUUCUACUGUUCUUGAUGUCAUCCCCAUCUGUCGACACAUUCUCGUUUUACACCGACGACGACCGACAGCAAUCCGUGCCCAUGGGAAAAGCAGACAAUAGACAGAGGGAUGUGCUCCAUCAAGAUAUCCUUCAGCUGAUGGGGCUGUCAAAGAAGCCCAAGGUGAGGUUGAACGAGAAAACUGUCCAAUCGGCGUCCAAGUUCAUGAAGGAGCUGUACGAAAGUCUAACGGUGUUGGAUACCAGCAGCAACGGACCGAACGCCUCAUCGACGCGAGGUAGAUUUCACGUGAACUCUUCGCACAUCGAGCUGGACUCGGCCAAGCUGGAGGACUCUGAUACGAUCGUCAGUUUGGUCAACAACCCGCGGAAGGUACGCUUCCGGCGUCAUCAGCACGGGCGCGUGUUUUACUUCGAUCUGAGCGAGGUGUCCGUGAACCAGCGCGUGAGAUCCGCCGAAAUCAGGCUGUACAAGGAGAGCAGCCCCGGACCGUCGUCUCGGCUGUACACGCUGAACCUGUACACCAUUGAACAAAGUGAUUCGGAAGGGGAUAAGACCAUUCGGCAGGAAGCCCGCCUAGACGUCCAUGGGAGCAGGACGGGCUGGAUCAUCAUCGACGCCCAGCAAUGCGCCGAACACUGGUCAUUAUUUCCAAUGCUAAAUAUGGGCCUCUACCUGGAGGUCACGGACGAGCACGGGCACACGGUCGACCCCAAAGAUAUCGGUAUCGUCGGAACGAAAGGUCCAGCGGACAAGCAGACAUUUUUCGUCGUCUACAUGAAAGCUUACAACGAGCGGCUCUCCAGGCGGAAGAGAUCGAUUCUCAACAAGAGCGAUACCACUUUCUCCGAAACCACCAUGUAUCCAGCGUAUUCACCACACGCCUUCGAUUCUUUCAAGUCACAAGGAAAAUGCCGGCGUCACAACUUCUACCUCGAUUUCAGGAAAAUCGGUUUCGACACGCAAUUUUUGAUCAGGCCGGAAGGUUACUCAGCAUUUUUCUGCUCGGGGGCGUGCCAGUACCCACUCCACGCCGACUCCAACUCCACCAACCACGCCAUCAUGCAGAUACUGGUGCACACCAUCAAUCCGGGGAUGGCGCCGUCACCCUGUUGCGCCCCCAGGGAAUACGGCAGCUUGGCUCUGCUGUACUUUGAUGAAAAGUCCAGCGUUGUGUUGAAGAGAUAUAAAGACAUGAUUGUGGAGUCCUGUGGCUGUCAGUAACAUGGUUUGGGGCAAACGUAACGGUUGGCUUACAAAGCUGUCAUUUCAGCCUCCAAAUCACUUGGAAUAGAUCGUUCUUUUUAUUUAUAAUUAAUUUUUUUUCGCUAACUUCCAGCAAUCUUCUUACAGAAUUGAUGUUCUAUGCUCACUGUAGCGUGCAAUUUUGUUUAUUUUUGGGUCUCUCUUACUGAGUGAAGGACUAAAAAAAACUGUAUAGCGACAUUUCUAAAUAAAAAAUGUAUAGGAUAACAUUUUCAUAAAUAUGAAUGAAGCAGAGUUUUACAAUCAUUGAUGGUCCGCUGCAAAUCCUAACAUUGUGAACUACUGUACCUGGGGUGAAGCACAUUCGUUUUGAUAUAUAUUUGAAAUUAUUAUAUUUUUAUAUGAUGAAUUUUUGUUGAAGUUGCAAUCUUGAUAUGUUUAGGGUAUGAUCUUUCAAAUAAUGAUUUUGUCUCCUAUGUUGAUUUUAUUAUGAACAUAUAAAAUGAACAUGUAUUAUGAUCAUGCAUUAUGAACACGUAUCAUGAACACGUAUUAUGGACAUGUUUCUGAAGAUGUUUCAUGAACAUGUGAAUUAUUGCUAGAACAUGAUUAGCUCACACUUAAAAUGACUUCACCCUUUACUAUCCUGUCUCAAGUCAAUAAUUCAACUCAAUAUGAUAACUUAAAACUUUUCACUAUUCUUGUCAAUUUAUUAGAUUGUUUUGUUUGUUUGGUCACUCAAAUGUUUCAGUGAAGUGACUUUGAAACGGUGAUACUUUUUGUAUAUCUGUCAAGUAUAUUGCUAUAAAACUUGGAGUUUUUUUUUUUAGAAAAAAAAAAGAUAAUUCGUUUUUGUUCCUCCAGAAGAAUAUUGUUUAACAUUGUUUCUAAUUUCAUGUUUACAAAUUUUAUAUUAACAACUUAUAUGUAGCUGAUUAUCCCCCACUCGCCCCACCCCAUAUUACUUGUUCACGUUUAGAAAUAGCCCAACUCAUUUUUCGUAGGCUGUAGAAUUGAAAAGUUAUCAACAACUAAGUGUAGUAUUAGUAUAAAACGCAUUCGUUACAAACUCCAUUUUAAUGUGUGUUUGUAUGUGUUUGUGUGUGUUUGUGUGUGUCAGGAACGUCAAUUGGUUAGGACAGGGUGGGGAAUUUGACCCCACCACCCCCCCCCUCUAGAAUUUGCUGGUUUUAUUUAAAUUGCUAUGUACCGUGGAAC